GAUCGUGCCUCUGACGUGUCUAAAACAGUUUUUUCACUGGUAGUGGGUUUCACUCCUGGGGCAUUUAUUAUCAGUUUAAGUAUUAUCCGGUACGUGCUUAGAAGAUGCUAGACUUCUUCACCAUCUUCAGCAAAGGGGGGAUAGUGUUGUGGUGUUUUCAGGGAGCCGGUGUCACUGAAUCCUUCACGGGGCCGGUCAACGCUUUGAUCCGCUCGGUGAUCCUUCAGGAGCGAAGUGGGAACAGUUCGUUUAGUCAUGGGGGCUUGAGUCUUAAAUACAAGCUCGACAACGAGUUUGAGUUGAUUUUUGUGGUGGGUUUUCAAAAGAUCCUGACGCUGACAUAUGUGGACAAGUUUAUAAAUGACGUCCAGCUUCGCUUUAGGGAUCGCUAUAAGAAUGAGCUGGAGCAGAAGGGAGCUUUAAAGCUGCUCAACAACAGCUUUGAGUUUGAGAAUGACUUCAAAGUGCUUCUCAGUGUGGCGGAGGAGAGCAGUAAAGCUCGAGGCCCUGCCGGGAUGCGGACCUUUGAGCAAUCUGGGAAAUCUCAAAAAACUGUGAAGUCAAUGAUUGAGACAAAGGGUGGGGACAAAGGCAAGGAACAGGGUGGCAAGAAGAAUAAAAAUGCCAAAAAGGAGGCUCCUGCAGCUCAGCCUGCCAAAGGGGAUCAAGACAAGGCCUCAGCCUCUGGCCAGAAGAUGGUGGAGAAUGGUAACCAGAGCCUGACUGCUGAGGAGAUCUUGCAAAAGAACAGAGAGGAAUUCUUCCGUAAGCACAGGCCAGGAGCUUCUGAAAAACCCAGUAAGUCGCCAAAGCCUCAGAAGCCAAAGGGGAAACAAAAUCGUGUUUGGAACAAUGGAGGCAGCAGCACCAGGGAUCUGGACUACAGCGACAAGAAUGGAAAUGGUUCUCCAAAUGGUGCCGAACAGAACCUGGAAGCACAAUUUGAUCCGGAAAUGCAGCCAGCCUCCAUGAAGGGAGACUUGCUGUCUGUGGAAUACGAGUCCAGUGAUGAAGAGGAGAUGGAGGAAGAGGAUGAGGAAGUGGUCAUCAGAGAAACAAGCAAGCCAAGUUCCAAAAAGGGUGGAGGUUUGUUUGGGAUGCUGAAGGGCCUGGUGGGCUCCAAGAGUUUAACCCGGGAGGAUAUGGAACCAGUGUUGGAGAAGAUGAAGGACCACCUGAUCGCAAAGAAUGUAGCAGCCGACAUUGCCUCCCAGCUGUGUGACUCUGUAGCCAAAAAACUGGAGGGCAAAGUCAUGGGCACAUUCACCACUGUGGCCUCAACAGUAAAGCAGGCCCUGCAAGACUCACUGGUGCAGAUCCUGCAACCCAAGCGAAGAGUGGAUAUUCUGAGAGAUGUCAUGGAAGCACAGAGCCAGCGAAGACCUUUUGUCAUCACAUUUUGUGGUGUCAAUGGAGUGGGAAAGUCCACCAACCUGGCAAAGAUCUCCUUCUGGCUGAUAGAGAAUGGUUUCACUGUGCUGAUCGCAGCCUGUGACACAUUUCGUGCUGGUGCCGUGGAGCAACUCCGCACUCACCAGCGCCGCCUGAACUCUCUGCAUCCCCCCGAGAAGCACGGUGGACGACCUGUAGUCCAGCUUUAUGAGAAAGGUUACGGGAAGGAUGCUGCUGGAAUUGCUAUGGAGGCCAUUGCCUAUGCCCGCAACCAGGCGUUUGAUGUGGUGCUGGUGGACACUGCUGGACGUAUGCAGGACAACGCCCCCCUAAUGACAGCGCUGGCCAAGCUUAUAGCAGUCAACAUGCCUGACCUAGUGCUGUUUGUUGGGGAGGCUCUGGUGGGCAACGAGGCAGUUGAUCAGCUGGUGAAGUUUAAUCAGGCUCUGGCAGACCACUCCAUGUCUGACAAGCCUCGCCUCAUUGAUGGAAUUGUUCUCACCAAGUUUGACACUAUUGAUGACAAGGUUGGUGCUGCCAUCUCCAUGACUUACAUCACAGGCCAGCCUAUUGUGUUUGUGGGCACGGGGCAGACCUACAAUGACCUGCGUAGCCUCAACGCCCGUGCUGUGGUCAGCGCCCUGAUGAAGGCUUAAGUUGGCCGCAUGUUCUUCUGGUUUAUUCAUCAUUGCAGAGAAGCCUUUGCCACACUGCCACAAGAUGUUCCAGCCCCGCUAUAGCCCACGUUUCCAUGCUGCUGCCCUGCGCCCCCUGCUUUUGGAAUCAAAUGAAUGAACUAAAUGUCUCACGCAGGAUGUUAUUCUUCCAGUAAAAGGACAAGUGUGCAUUUGAAAAGACAGAACGUGUUGCAUCAAAGCCAGAGGAGCCUCCCUUUGUAUUAUUUUUAAACAUUUGGGCCAAAUUUAGAAAGUACCUCAGAUCAGCUUGUGUUCUGAAACGGUGAAGUCUCAUUCAAAUGAUAUAAUUGCUGACUGGACCUAGGCUGUGCUAUCGGUUUACUGGUUUACACAGUAAAAGCUUGGAAAAGAAAAAAGCUCCCUACCUGGCAUUUGUCAGUCAGAUUUCUUUCAUCUAAAUGAGGUCGGGUAGUGCGUGUUUGCUGGAUGUGACAUUUCAGCAGCUGCCUGUGCCUGAGGAAAGGUUAGUGACCACAGUGCCUGUCUGUCUCCUGUCUUCUCAGUUAACACUUCAAUAAUGUGGAUACUUACCCACUAAUUUCAUGGCUUUGCAGAAGAAGAAGAAGCAGCCCCACUAGUCUAGUGGGGAAGACAGUUUAUGAUUUACAAUAGGGUGGGUGUGAAUACCAGCACUUAUCAGGUUAGAUGUUUUUUUGUGUUCAACAAGAAGAAAAUCACGGCAUAGAAAAAUCAAGGUCGACAGGGCAGUGCAUCAAGAUUUCCUGAGCAAAUUAACAGUUAUGAUCUAAAAGUCAUCUCCCAGAGUUCCUCACCUAUAUAACACACAGUUAAUUCAUUGCCAUUACAACAUGAAGACUUUGAUUCCCCAGUUUAUAGUGGAUGAAAAGCAGAAAUCCAUUUGUAAGUUUAGGUUUUUCUUGUUCUUACAGGUGUCCAUAGAUGUCAGACUACACUUCUUAGUGGUCAAUUAAAGUUCUGUGGCCCUUUGACUUAUUUCCCCCUCUGAUUCAUUCAUCAUUUGUAAGAGAAAAUUGAAGUUUUAAACAUUUCGGCCCCCCUUUAAAAUGUGGUAGUGCAAUAUGAGAACUAUAAAGAAAAUUUGAGAUAAUUUAUGAGAAUGUAAAAGUUUCUAAAUAAAGCUGCUAUAUGCUAUGACAGCCUCUAAA